AAACAAACCCUAAGUUUUACCCACCAAAAGAAAAUCCGACCCACCAAAAGACCCGACCCGACAACAAGAAGAAAAAAAACCGCCAUUUUUUCCGGCGACUCAGAAUGACGACGCUGAGGCCAAGAACCGGCGGACUUGACGCCCUCCGCCGCCAAUCCUUCCGCGCUUAUUACGAGCCGUUCACUCCGAAGGUUGAAGAGAAAGAAGAAACCGAAGCCCAUAUUCUGCAGCUCGAACUGACAGAUUUCGACAAGCAGCAAUUUAAGUUUAGGGUUGAUGAAGGGACACGGACGGUGGCGGUGACCGGAACUCGGAACGCGGGAAAUAACAAAUGGUUAAAAUUGGAUAAAACUUACCCAAUUCCAGAAAAUUGCUUAAUCGACAAAAUUGAUGAUAAAUUUGAAGGGGGAAUUCUAACCAUUACAAUGCCCAAACAAAUUACCGGAGCAGAGACGGCGGCGGCGGCGGCGGCGGAAACGGCGGUGGCGGCCCCGCCUCCCAAAGAACCAGAACAACCAACCCCUGAAAUCUCGCCGGAAACAGCCGCCACGCCGGAGACAAAGACUGAAACUAAAGCGCCGGAGGAGGCUCUUCCAAAGGACGAUUCUAAUUCAGUGAAGCCAGCGGAUGACGGUAAGGGAAAGUCUGCAGAACUCCAAAAGCAAGCCUCGGCGGGGGCCAAGGAAGAAGCUCCGCCGCAGGGCGCCGCCGCGGCUGAGAAGGGUCCGGCACAAGGAGAUUCCGGCGAGCCGAAAACGACGUCGCAGGAUGAGAAAAUCGGUAGCCCAGAUGAGAAGCCAACGGAGAAGAGAGAAAUCGAAAAUCAAAACCCAGAACAGGGGAAGGAAUCCAAAACAGAGGAGGUGGUUAAGAAUCAAGAAGAGCGCAAGGUUGGAACCGGAGCUCCAUCUCCGACAGGGACCACGGCGGCAAAGUUUGCCCGCGGCGUCACGGUCGGAAGGAUGCCGUCGCCGGCGAUGGCGAGUCUGGCGGCGGCGACUGUGAUCGCAGUGGCAGCGUACUUCGCAUAUGUUUAUUACGGAUUGCUCGCGACGAAAUGAAGCCGAAGUUUGCAACGGGCCCCACAAGAUUUAUAUUGUUAAGAAAUAAAUGAUAAUUUUUUCUAACUUGUUCAAAUUU